AGGGUUAAUGUUUUCUAUUGCUUCCAGAGGUCCUUUUUGGAAGGGGCUGGGAUUUGCUCCUCUCUUCCUCCGCAAUAAUAGCUGCGCAACAACCUUAGGAACAAUCAGAUUUUGUUGGGCGAUAUUGUAGAUUUUGCUUCUACUCUUAAAACAUUAACGGUCUCAGGCAGGAUGCCUGUCUCCAUGACCAGAGCUGAUGGGGUCACAGUGUUCACUUUGACCUCUGACCCCAAAAGUCAUUGCCCUCCAGUCUGUGAAAUCUUCAAGGUCCUUUGCUACAACCCUGUGUGCUGCACUGUGUCUCAGCACCUAAGGAGAACGUCUCAGUCUGUACUGGGGACUCUACACAUUGUGAUUGGAUUGCUCAACAUUGGCUUCGGGGUGAUUAUCGGUUUGAGCCGCGGUGACUUUUGGUGGGAAGUGUUUCCUUUUUGGUUGGGAGCAACGUUUAUGAUAUUUGGCAUCACGUGUAUUGUGUCCGAGAAGUUCCCCAGUCCCUGUCUGGUCAUCAUCAAUGUGAUUCUGAAUCUGGCAGGAGUUGGUUUUGCCAUCGCAGCCAUCAUACUCUAUAGCAUUAAUAUAGGAAACAGAUGGUUGUGGUGGAUGUGUGAUUUUGACGAUUACUACUGGAGGAUACCAACUCCAUCUCCUGAGGCAAAUGACAUAAAGGAGAGAUGCAUGGAAGGCGAGGCAAUGAUUCUGAUGCUCAUGAGAAGCAUCAAUGCUGUACUGGUUGUCUUGUCAGUCCUGGAGCUCUGCGUCACCAUCAGCUCUGCUGUCUUGGGGAUCAAGGCUCUGAGGAGCCGUGAGAAGGAAGAGAACAAGAGCACUGAUGGCCCAGAGCUCCAUAAACCACUACUGGAGGAAAUCACCACCAAAUAACUCUAAAGCCUGAAUGAGGAGCAUCAGAUUCUAAGAAUUGUCAUCCUUUGCAUUUAUAUCAUUGAAAGUAUGUACUGCAAUGUAAAAGAUUUACAUACAUUGAGCGGGUACUAUCUCUGCCAAACUUCUGGCUCUUUUCCUACAAGGGUUGCUUAAAACUUUUGUACUAGUACUUCAGAGUAGUUUUUGGUAAUAAUCUGCACUGUGUAUGCUUCUUUUCAUUUCUUUCUCUGUCAGUAUUUUUAAAAACUGUUUCCAGUGAUUAUGCUUUCUAUUGAGUAAUGUGCCUUACAGUCAGUGUGCUUGCAGGUAAAGGGGAGAUUCUUGCAGGUGUAUGUAGCACUUAUAGACUCAUAAGGUUUGUGUUUGCUAUGUUAUGUGUUGUACAGUAUGUCAUUGCUGUGUGUAUUUCCACUGUGUCAAUUAUAUGAAACAUUAAUUUUUUUUAAAGUAUAAUAAUAAAAAAAAAACCCUGGCGCGGUGAGGUAGUGCUGGAAGAA